GUAAGCAGGGAGCAAUCACAGUGCGGAGUCCCGAAAGGAAGGACAUCAAAAGCUAAGUCGAAUAGUGUUCAGUUGUUCUCUGCUGUGCUGUUCUGUUGAUUUAAAUGCAGUGUCCCUUGCUACACUUUUCUGAAACGUAAGGUGAAAUCAAUUGAGCGAAUGUGGUGCAAUUUAAAAUGCCAUCAAGUUUCGGGGUUCCCUCGUGAAACCAAUUCAUUGUGAAUUAGUGCUGGUUUGCGAUGUUUUGAAGUGCGUUCGACCGAUGCGCCAAAUAUCAACAAAUAGCCCACGGAAAGCUUUGCAUCCUGGCUCGGUGCCAACUAUGUAGGAAAGUGCACUAACAGAAUAUACUCUGAAAGGGAGACGAAUUUCCGUCGCUAGUGUGGAUAAAAAUAAAACAGUGAACAGUUCCAUAUUGAUCUCUAUUUCCGAAAUAAAUGCUCGGGCUCCCCAGAUUCCGGACUGAUAAUACCCUGAUGCUCACAGGCCUCGUGCUCUUCUGACCAUUGGCUCCCAUGUCCGCUGAACAAACUUCAACCCAGUCUUGAUGUUGGCACGCAGUCAUAACAAAUAUUUAUUGGCCACAACCCGACCCACAUAUUGUUUAUAACAAAAUUGUAAAUUGAAUCAAGUCGAGUGAUAUUGUUUGAAGCGAUCCAGUGAUUCUCCCCUUGUUGUCAGCCACCCAGUGCUUCAGAUGUGGAGGGGCCGCAUAGUGAGAUUCAACCUUGUGGCCGGGGGGCUGGCAUAAACUAUUCAAUCAAAAGCAUCUCCAACAAUCUCGAGAAGAAUGGAAGCUUUGUCGUAAAUCUCGCUCCCCAAAGUACUCCAUUCACAGCAAUGAGGCGAAAAAAUGACGAGAAACAUUAACAAUGACCGAAACUAAGGCAAGUGAUCGUAGUACAGAUCCACUUCUGGUAAAAAUCGGUGAUAAUGGUGGCGACACUGAUGAUGAAGUGAAAAGAGCCACUGGUGGAAAAUGGCAAGAUCAAGGACUUGUCCGUAAUAAGCGGAGUUGUGAGGACGCGACCCUGACAACAUCCCUUGGUGUCGUCACCCAGAACAAAAAGCGACUAAUCGUUUUUAUAGCGUUAAUUAUCCUUUUAAUCUAUGUGAAUACUUCGGCUGUGUCCUGGAACGAUGACCGAAACUCGGAUCGGGUUCCGGUCAAUCACCGUUCUCAUGUGCCUGGAAUGAAAGAAACUGAAAAACAAACCGCAAGAGCAUUAAAAAUUAUCAAUGUGACAUCAACUACCACUACUACUCGUGUUUCGAUACCAUCAACACUACCCCUAACUAAUAAUAGCCUACCCCCAAUACCAUCAGGCUAUUUAGUAUGGAGUGAUCAGUGCAAAAUGCCAAACCUGGAUCCGUAUGCCAGCGACGUGAUGAAAUUUUUUAAACGCCAAAAAUACGAACCUUGUAGUUCGCUGAAACCCCUGACACGGGUAACAUACGAUCCGAAGCGAAAACGCUAUUUGAUCAUUAUUGACAAUAAAUUGAAGCCACAAUACGCUAAAUUCGGUCCAGUGGAUUGCUGCUAUCAAGCGAUAAAACGCUCCGGGAAGGACAAGAAAGCGGACGAGGAAUUCACUCUCAACAAAUGCCAAAAUAUACCAAAUUCGGAAACGGAGAUCCCCCAAAAAUAUGAUAGUGUUCUAGUCAAAUGUUGGAAUUUCGAUAAACAAGUUUACGUCAAUGUCCACGCAAUGGUUCCGGAACGCCGGUCAAUACGGAAGCGUUUUGAAGAAUGGAAGAAAAAAACGCCGGAAACCGUGAGACCUCUUAGUGUACUUUUAGUCGGAGUUGAUAGCGUAUCACGACAGAAUUUUAUUCGAGCAAUGCCAAAAACGGCGCAGUUCGUCUACGAUACAGAAUGGUUCGAGAUGAGUGGAUAUAAUAAGAUGGAAGACAAUACAUUCCCCAACCUAAUGGCCAUUUUCACGGGGUACAAUCUUACUACAGCCAACACCAAAUGUAAUCCUUACGCAGUCGGUUACCUGGACAACUGCCCAAUGAUUUGGUAUGACUUCAAACGAAGUGGAUAUGUGACGGCCUACGCAGAAGAUGAGGAGACCAUCAGUACAUUCAACUAUUUAAAAGUUGGAUUCAAAAAACCCCCGACUGACUACUAUUUACGUCCAGCAAUGCUAGCAGCCGAAGCUCAUUUGCACGUAAAGAAAAAAUCGAGUUUAACCUUUUGUCUGGGUUUCAAACAUUCCGCCGAAUACGUCUACGAUUACAUAUUAGACUUAGCGACAACCUACAAGGACGAUCCAUAUUUUGGGAUGUUUUGGGCGAAUACCUUCAGUCACAAUGCGAUCAGUGACGCCUCGUCCAUGGAUGACCGCAUGGUGGAGUAUUUGAAAACGUUCCGAGAUAUUGGGAUUUACAAUAACAGUGCGGUGAUAUUCUUCAGCGAUCAUGGUAUGCGCUUUGGUCCCACGCGUCAACUGCCAUCAGGACGAAUUGAGGAGCGACUUCCGUUUUUCUUUAUCUGGCUCCCGGAUUGGUUCAAGAAACGGCACCCAGAGAUUGUCAGUACCCUCAACAUCAACAAGAAUCGGCUGACGACUCCCUAUGACGUUCAUAUGACCCUGAAGCAUAUCCUGGAACUGUCAGGACGAGCACACAAUCUACCCAGAGCCAAGGACUGUCCAAAAUGCCAAAGUCUGUUUAAAACAGUGCCAUAUAACCGAUCGUGCAUGGAUGCAGCCAUCGAGGAGCACUGGUGCACUUGUACACCUUACGAAGCAGUUGAAAGGGAUCUGGAAGCUGUUCGGACUGUCGCAACUUUCACUGCCGAAUACAUAAAUGACUUUCUCAAGACUUACAAAAACGGGACCCUAACAAAAUCCUGUGCCAAACUGCGCUUGAACCGGGUUAAAUACGCCUACCAUGCGGAGCUUGUAGAAGGUCAGAUUGAAGCAUUCCAGAUAGCAUUUGAAACCAGGCCGGGUGACGCCCUAUUCGAGUCCACUGUCCACUUUGACCUGCAGAAACGCGAGUUCAAAGUGGCUGGAAGUGUAAGUCGACUGAACUCCUAUGCUUCAACGGCGAAAUGUGUGAAUGAGGGUGUGCUACAGAAAUUCUGUUACUGUACAUAGCAUAAUGUAAGCAAACGAAAUGAUAAUCUGUAUUAUUGUAAGGAGUGUGCUAGGAGGAUAACAUCUAGAGAUAGAAUUCGUUUUCUAAGUGAUGAUAGUGAUAGCGAUAGUGAUAGUCUCUUAGCCAAACGCAUCAAGAAUCGGAUUAAGAUCUUUUAGGAAAGAUCCUUCAUUCGAUUCUAGUCAAUUUGAUUCAUUUUCCGAAUCGUUGUUAUAGUUUUCGUAAUACAUAUAUAUUUAUAGUGAGAAAUUAUCAAUAAUCUAAUAGUUAACAUAUUUUCAAAGACAUAAUAUAAUUGAAAAUGUUACGAAACCCUAAUUUGCUCUAUUACCAAGUUAUUUAUUCGGAUAGACAUUGAUAGAUAUGUAUCUUUGUUAAUUUUAGUUCGAAAGUUCUAAUCUAAAAAUUGUUUACAAUGUUUUCGGCCCCAAAACCAAGAUCAGAAAAGUUAAAAAUUUUUGAGGACUUCCUGGAACUUAAAAAACCAAAACCCUAAAAAUUCUACCUUUUCAUUGCCUUCAUCGUGUCUACCUCAUCUGUCGGAUGCUCACAAAUACUAAUACGCAUCUUGAGCUACAAUAUCAUAUUAAAGGUUUCUAUGUUUCCUUACUAACAGUUGAGGAAAGAACCAUUUCGAACUUGCAUCCAACUAUCCUUCGACUGCACUGCCACGAAAUUCAAACACUUUUAUGUUAAUAACAAUGUCACCAUAAUAAACUUCCAAUAUUGUUCAAUCCGUUAACAUUACAUUUCUUUCUCUCCGGUCGGCGAACGUGACUCGACUCUGUUGACACAAACCUGUCAUUCCUUAUGUCAGUCCAUCAGCUGUUUCUGCAGCCAUUGAAUGUAACGGUGGAGCGAAUUCAUGUUGGCGCCUUGGUUCGCGCCUCCGAUGUGCGGCCACAUCAUUUCACCCCCAGGUCAAAUCGCGCGGGUUCAACGAAGCAAAUCGUCUGCGUGAUCCCGCCAAUGGGAGUCACCGGGCGAAUCUGACGCUUCGCGGGCGCUCUUUCGAAGCGGCCGGCGGCUCGUCGAAGGCCUUCAACCUCGACAAGGUCACCCACUUGGGUCCGCCUCGGACGUCGAGUUUGAACGAGGCUCGCUUCGUUCCAGAACUUUAAAGGGGCCCUCGUAUAGUGAUUGCAGCGGUCCAGAGACCCUUGAGGGUGUUAACUUCCUGGCUGUACGGAGGCCGAGGAGGACGAAAGGGAAGGACUACGGCCACGAAGGAUCGUCGCGGGCCAUUAGAGCGGCCUUCAGCGUCCGGUACCAACGUUCCAGCAUACCACUGGACUCUGGAUGGUAUACAGUAGUCCUAUGCCGUUUAAAACUAAGGAGUCUUCCGAACUCCGCGAAAAAAUAGUUUCGAAUCAUAUUCCCUGGUCCGUGAUUAUGACGGCUGGAACACCAAAGCGCGAAAUCCAUUCUCGACAGAGGGCCUCGGCACAUUAUUGCGCUGUAAUGUCAGACAGAGGUAUUGCUUCAGACCACCGCGUAAACCUGUCGAUGAUUGUGAGGCAAUACUUGAAUCCCUGUGAAUCUCGCAAAGGGCCGCUGAUGUCGAGAAGGAUGGUGUGAAAGCGCUUGGUUGACCGUGGGAACACACCUACUUCUUUCCGAACGUGCUUGUUGACCUUGCACUUCUGGGACGCGAUGCAUUGUCUGGCCCAAGAAUUUACGUCCCUGUUCAUGGACGGCCAGAAAUAUUUUUCACUGACUGACCGGUUCGUCGUCCUGAUGCCUGGGUGCGCAAGAUCGCGAAUUGCGUGGAAUACUUCCUUACGAAAAUUGGCCGGAAUGACUGGCCUGGGUCCCUUAUUUGAGGUCUCGCAGAGUAAGUAAGAGUUUGAGCCGAAAAUAGAAACCUCCUUCAAUUUAUAUUUGUAAUUUGCCUUCUGACUCUGAAGCUCUGAGUCGUCUUUUUGUGCCUCGGCGAUUGCCGUAUAAUCGACCGAGGCGGGGACUGUGACCUCCGAAAUUCGAGACAAACCAUCUGCAACAACAUAGUCUUUACCAGCCACAUCUAGAUAUCAGAAGUAAACUGGCUGAUACAACUCAAGUCCCUAAGUUGGCCAGGGAACGCUUUGUCGAGCUUUUGUCUAAGCGCGAAUGUAAGGGGCUUGUGGUCCUUGAACAUAGUGAACGGCUUGCCCUGAAGGGAGAAACGCAAGUAUUUUAUAGCGAGGUAUGCGGCGAGUAGUUCACAAUCGUAGGCGCUGGAUUUGCGUUGAGCUGGGUUGACCUGUUUUGGAAAGAAGCUCAACGGUUGCCAGAUUUGAUUCACCCGUUGGUGCAGAGCGACCCGUA